AUCCCUCGUUGAAAAAAGUCCCUUGUCUUAUGCCUCAAAUGCUGCAAGUUCCGUUGGUUUCUUUUUACAUGGUUCUUCAAAAACUUCAUAAUAGAGGAAGAGUUCUACAAUUUCUUUGAUUGAUCUAGAAGCGGCAACUCAAUCAACUAUGUUGGAAAUCGGAACCAUAAAUAUAUUUGUACGACAUUCAUUUGUCAAGCAAGUGCAUCAAAGAAAAAAAUGCAAAAAAAAUAACAACCAAACCAAUCAUGUUGAAAAUGUCAGCACAAAAUAGCUGUUGGACUGGUUAAUAAACAGGAAAACGUCUAUAUCAAAUAGUGAACAGGAGAAAGUGUAAAAAGACUGCUAGGUCUCUUUCAACACUAUUAGUCCUUUUAACAAUUUGGCAAAUUGAACAUCAGCGAUUCAAAGUAUUAGUUAAAAUGGAAAGUGACAUGUUCCAAGACAGGCAUCAACCAUUCAUGAAUUCAUGAAUUGAAUGUUGUUGACAAGUUCAAAGGUUGAAAUAAUUGAGUCUCAACACGUUAUCAAACAUAAGGGAAUUAAGAAAUCAAUGUCUACUUCAACUUGACGACUUCUUCAACUGCAUGUAUGUGCACGCGUGUGUGUAUAUAAACAAGAUUUCUUACUAGUAAGUAGCAAAGUUCUCAAGACACUUGAUAAACAGAAAACAAACAUGGGAUUCUUUGGAGGAAAAUUCAAGGCAUCAAAAGUUACAACACUGGCUAACCUUGCCAUCUCAAGGAUUUCCAUUCUCAAAAAGCAACACCAUGUUAGGUGCUCAGUUGCUCGUUCUGAUGUUACUCAACUACUACAUCUUGGUCGCCAAGAAGAUGCUCUUCAUCGAGUCGAACUUGUUAUCAAGGAACAGAACACUGUAGAUGCACUUACAAUGAUGGAAAAAUAUUGCCAUCUCCUAAUAGAAAAAAGAGUGCUCAUAAAAACUAAAGGGGAAUGUCCUGAGGAGCUAGCAGAGGCAAUCUCAAGCUUGAUUUAUGCAGCUUCAAGAUGGGGAGAAUUCCCAGAGCUGCAUGAACUUCGUGAGGUUUUCACCUCAAGAUAUGGGAAUGAAUUUGCAGCUCAAUGUGUUGAAUUAAGAAAUAAUUGUAGCGUGCAGCCAAAGAUGAUACCCAAGCUAUCAAGACGUCACACAGGGUCAGGGAAAAGACGCGAUAUGCUUAAUGAUAUUGCUGCUGAUUGUGGUAUCACUCUGUGUGUAGAGGAUGAGACUUGUCACAUAUCACAAUCAAAGCCAGAGGUUAACAGUGAAAAUGAAUGUGCUAAAGGUGAAGAGGGGUCUUAACAAGGCAUAAAAGCAGAUUCAGUUGUCAUAUUGAAGGGUAGUCAGACAGUACAUAAGAACUGAUGCUUCUCCUAUCAGCAGCAGCACUACUAGCAAGACUUGUUUGGAUCCAUCAAAGUCUACUAAGGGAAAGGAUUAAGGCAUGGUUGACUGACACGCAUCUUUGAAAUCAUGUAACCAUAACACAUUCGCUAGGAAACAACGAUAGAGCAGCUGCAUGUGACAGAAGCUAUUCAGGGAUGAACUGCUACCUUCAUAUUCUUUUCUUAGCUAAAAAAUUUGCUUGUGAGUAUGUUGGGGAGUAGGGGGUUGUUGAACUCUUAGCGUAGACAGGAACAUACAGGUAUAUGUAGAUCAGUAAACAAUCACACAUGUUCUGCAGAAAACAUGAGAGUAGUACAUUUAUUACAUCCCCAAUAAUAAAUAACUUAUUCUCCCUACAAUUCUUUUAAAAGAUUCGAUUUUUUCUCCUUGCAAUUUGGAAAAAAAUAAA